AGUAGGUCACUAGGACGCGGCUCUCAGGCUCAUCGAAGCCCUCUCGCACGUUCAGUCAGUCCCCGCCGGCCAAGACAAUCACUCCGGGCCACAAAUCCUCACCCUCGGUCGCCUCGACAAUUAUCAGGGGUCCGAGUCUUAUCGAUCGAGGUCAGGCUUUCAAUUGUGAAAGAGAUCGAACGUGAUUUGUUAAUUGUUUUUUUUUUUUUUUUGCAUUGUGCGGGUGACUAAGUGAUUAUUUUCGGUUAAAUAUUCAUUUUUUUAAUUGCCGCCGUAUAUGUGAGAAAAUCACACACUCAUAGGCGAUGGAAAGAACACGCAGGACGAUACGAAGAACGAUGCUAAGUUUAUUACUCCCUUUACUACUGAUAUUUAGUGUGAAAUGCGAGUCACCACUGGUAGACAGUAGUGCCCUGCCACUGGAACACAGAUCAGUAUACGGCCCACCAGCUCAAUACGGCCCGCCACAAUCUCACGGUGCGGAAGAAAACUGGCCAUUAGCGUCGCCGGACACGCCGCAAAUAAAGAACCUCCAGGUGCAAUGUGAAAAAACGCACAUGCGAGUAAAUAUAGAAUUUGACCGGCCCUUUUACGGGAUGAUAUUCAGCAAAGGUUUCUACUCGGAUCCUCACUGCGUCCACUUAAAACCGGGCACUGGUCACUUGAGUGCGACUUUUGAAAUUUACCUGAACUCCUGCGGCAUGAGCAGCUCAGGAAAUCACAACGUCGCGGCUUACGGCGCACCUACGCCUUCCGGAAGCUAUGUAGAGAACACAAUUAUCAUUCAAUACGACCCUUACGUGCAAGAAGUCUGGGAUCAAGCAAGAAAAUUGCGAUGCACCUGGUACGACUUCUACGAAAAAGCCGUCACAUUCCGUCCCUUCCAAGUUGACAUGCUCCACGCAGUCACUGCUAAUUUCUUGGGUGACAACCUGCAGUGUUGGAUGCAAAUCCAAGUUGGCAAAGGUCCUUGGGCUUCUGAAGUAUCUGGCAUUGUCAAAAUUGGACAGACCAUGACCAUGGUGUUGGCUAUUAAGGACGACGAGAACAAGUUUGAUAUGUUAGUUAGAAAUUGCGUUGCUCAUGAUGGCAAAAGAGCGCCUAUUCAGCUUGUUGAUCAGUACGGAUGUGUCGUCAGGCCGAAAAUAAUGUCCAGAUUCCAAAAAAUCAAAAACUUUGGUCCAAGCGCGUCUGUAGUAAGCUUCGCAUACUUCCAAGCAUUCAAAUUCCCGGACAGUAUGAACGUCCACUUCCAAUGUGUAAUUCAAGUUUGUCGUUACAACUGUCUUGAGCCGAAAUGUGGGCAUCCAGGUCUUGAAUACGGAGCACCAUCUAAUGCAAUUUCUCAAGAGUAUGGCGCUCCAGUUCACCAAAGUCUCGGCUCCGAGUAUGGAAUUCCUCCGGUACCAGAAUAUGGUAUUCCACCAGCGUAUCCUGACCCUCGUCAUCCAAGUGGCCCGGCUGGCGCUUACAGUGAACCAAAUCCUGACGUGGUUCCCGCACCUCAGGCUCAAACUUCAUCGUCUUCACCCAGCUCAACUCCAGGAGACUCUACAGCUAGUAGCCCACCCCAAAGCGGCCAAGAUGGUGCUCAUUUAGGUCCUCCUCCACUACCUGGUCAUCUUGGAGCUUACCAAACUGUCAAGAGGAAAGGAACCGUCGGUUCGGAUGAAUUGGAAGGAAAUCUUGCGACUCUUGGUGGUCGACCAAGAUCAGUUGAGGGAUUACCAGCUGAACUUAGAGGUGCUAGGAAACGCCGACACCUUGACACAAUGGAAUUCGACCCGAAUGUUUUCCACACCGUGCAAAUAGUAUCGUCGCACGUCUACAAACGCGCCGCCCAAGAAAUGACGGACGUCAACACGUCAAGAAUAAUCCAAGUAGUUUCACCGGAAGACGUAAACUUUGCAUUAGGAACAAACAACACCAAUAAUGAUACAACAGUAGUGAUCCAAAAUGCAAAUUUGCAUCCAGAUUCCGAGACUAUCUGUAUGUCUUUAACCGGGUUCAUUUGUGGCAUCGUUAUGCUUCUUCUCGUGGCUGCAGUCGCCUCGAUAGUAGCGGCUUUCCUUUUUAUGCGCGUCAGGGAAAUCGACUCCAAAAAUACCAACGUCAACACUUACGGUCAUCCGGUUUACGCUAAAAAUUGUCCGUCCAACCCGGAAUUCGUAAAAGUAACACACUGAGCGAACACACGUUAGGAAGGAAGAUCAAAUAUCAAUCAGGAAGAUGAGAUGAAAAUUAAUGUGUCCUAGUCUAUAUCUUUGACUCCUUAUUUUCUUCUUAUUUUCCUUAUUUAUCAUUUUUUUUAAUUGUAUCAUCAAUUUCAUUUUCAUCGCCAUCAUUUUUAUCAAUACCGAUUUCAUUAUCAUCUUCAUUAUCAUCAUUGCCAUCAUUGUUAUCAUCUUCAUCAUUAUCGUUAUCAUCUUCAUUAAUAUUAUUAUUAUGAUUAUUAUUAUUACAAUUAUUAAUAUUAUUAUCUUCAUUGUGCUUUUUUAAAUUUCAUUCUUCGUCUGUCAAUGUUUUAAUAUAGAAAAAACAAUUAUUUUUAUGUAAAUAAAAUCUCUGUAGAUCUUUUGAUGUAUAGAGAUAUUGAAGUUUUAAAAUGUCUGACUAAAAUCGCAUUAAAUGCAAUAAAAUUCUUACCAAUAGAAUAUUUUUAUAUU